AUGGCUACAGUUGGUGUACGUGGGUUGGCCGGCUGUGACGAGCUGCAUGAAGGGUCGCCAGUCCGUCACAUCGCCGCCGCCUUCCUCCAGCAGCCAUCCAUUCCGCAUCCACUUUCCGGCAACCAGAGCUUCGUCGCGCAGCCGCCCUCUGCAUGUAUCUGUCUAACCUCCCCCAUCCGAUGUCUGAAACCCGUCGCCGCCGGCGCCACCAGUCACAUUGCAGCCGACAAGAACCAAGUCGUCGCCGCCGCCACAACGAGGAAGAAGAUGGUGAGGUCGGGUUAUUUGAGGAAUGUGGAGAGCCUCGUGGAGGAGGAAGACGAGUUGGACGCGAAGAAGAUUAUGAGGAGGGUUUCGACGAGUAGGUUGAAGAGGAUUUGGGGAGGGCUUUGGCAUUCUUGA